UCAAGAGUCAUCUUGCUCGUUUUUCCGAGCAUUCCUCCCACUGGACUCUGCCCCCGUAUAUAAGCCUUCUGUCCGGCCUCAGAGGUAUUGUCCACUCCUCUCUCAGACAUGAAGGUCGCCCUGGUUCUCUGUGCCGUCCUGGCCUACGCCCGAGGGGCUGCCAUCUACCCAGCCACCCACUACGUCCACACCCCUCAGUACGACUCCGCCGUCAUCAAGUCCGACAGGCUCGGAGGUAACUUCGCCUACAGUUCUGUGGAGGCCCACGCCUACGCCGCUGUCCAGCCCGUGGUACAGAACGUCCUGUCCCCAGUAGGAGUGUCCUACACUGCCCACCCCGUCUCGUACCCGGUGGUCCCUGCUAUCGUGCCUGCCUACGCUCCUACUGUUGUGGCCAGCGCUCCCUACGCUCCUUUCUACCCUGCCGCUGCUCCCAUCGCCCCUAUUGCCCCAAUCAUCCCCGGCGCCACCCCCAUCAGUGAGGACGCCCCAGCCCCCGAAGCUCCCCAGGCCCCCGAAGACUCCGCCCCUGAAGCCCCCGAAGCACCCGCAUCCGAUUCCAUCGAGACCGCCUCCUCUGAUGACUCCGUCACCAUCGAGGCCGCAUAGACUGAUAGCCACGUCUCGUGGUUUAGGGCAUUAUUAUUUUAAUUUUUAGGUUAAUAAAUAAAAUUAAAACCCA